AUGAAUAAGUAUAUGAAUAUAAUUUUUUUUUUGUGUGCGUAUGCACAAUAUGUGAUAUGCCAGGCAGAUCAAAUAAUUAAUGAAAGAUUGGACAAGCUAGUUUUUUUAAGUUGUAAUAAUCAAAGGAACAAACCCAACACCAAUUUAAUAAAAUCCAUUGAAAAAAAAAAACCACAAUUGAUGUUAUGGAUAGGAGAUUAUUUUUAUUCGGGAUGCAGAGAACUUACAUGUCUAAAAGAAUCAUAUGAAUAUAUUAAAAAAGAUGAAUUUUAUAUAAAUAUGAAAAAAAAAUUUACAAUUGAUGGAAUUUAUGAUGAUCAUGAUUAUAGUUGUAAUAAUGGAGAUCGUUUAUUUAAAUAUAAAAAAGAAAGUAAAACUAUGUAUUUAGAUUAUUUAGGUCUCGAUAAAAAUGAUAUAAGAUAUAAAAGAAAUGGAGCAUAUUUUUCUAAAUUAUAUAUAGAUCCAAAUGAUGAAAAUAAUCAAGUUAAAAUUAUUAUUUUAGAUACACGAUAUAAUAAAGAUCCUUAUCCAUAUUAUACCCUCGAAUCACGUACCGAUCAAUAUAUGUGUAAGAUGCUUUCUUUAGCAUCUCGUAUACAUGCAUCAUUGUUUGGAUUAUGUUGCAAUAGUACCAAUGAUAUAUUAGGAGAUGAGCAAUGGAAAUGGUUGGAAAAGGAAUUAACUAAUUCCAAAGCUCGGGCCCACAUUGUUAUAUCAUCCAUACAGGUUUUCGCCAAUUAUAUAAUGAACGAAACUUGGGGUUUGAUGCCCGCGGCCUUAAAGAGACUAAAAGCAUUAGUAAAAAAAACAAAACCCAAGGGAUUAGUAUUUUUAAGUGGUGAUGUACACUAUAGUGCUAUACUAGGAAAUGAAGAAGAUAUCGUUGAAGUAACAAGUAGCAAUGUAAAUCAGGAAAAUAGUUAUAGCCCUAUUAUUCAAUAUUUUGUUUAUUAUGUUUCAUAUCUUUUAAAUGGCGCCACACCUUUUAAAUUCGAUAAAAUUUACGGAUUUAGUAAUUAUGGUGAAAUUAAUAUUUCUUAUCCAAAUAAAAAUAAUAUAAAUCUUAAAAUUUCUAUAAAUAAUUCAAAUGGUGAAGAAGUUAUGUCAGCUAAUCAAACUUUUAAUAAUAAAAAAGAUAUAUAUGUCAAAACAAAAGAUAUUCAUUUAAUAGAUGAUGAUUUUGGAUGUUUAUCAUGUAAAAGUAAAGCAAAAGUAUUUAUGAUUUUGAUUGCUUAUAUAUUAUUCAUAUUAUUGUGCUUUCAAAUUUUUGUCACUAUUUUAAAAAAGAUUUUCCAUAAAAAAGGUAAAAAAGAUAUACAUAAGGAAGAUUAA